UAUCAUGCUCGAACAAAACUAAUAUCGACACAAACAGAAAGCCAUUCCACAAAACCCAAAAAUAAAAUCAACAAAAGAACGAAUCAUGCAACCCUAACUCAAAUCUGUCCAAACGAAACCUAAUAUCCACGAAACUAUGCUUGAAAACUUACUUGAUCAAGAACCCGAGUUCCCUGCAAACCGCCGUCGCCGAGAUCGCUGCUUCGUCGCCGCCGACAAGAUCGCUGCCGCCGAGAUUGCCGCCGCCGAGUUUGCUGCAAAGUCGUCGCCGUCGAGAUCUCCGAGUUCGCUGCAAGGUUGCCGCCGUCGAGAUCUCCGACUUCGCUGCUUCACCGCCGCCGCCGAGAUCUCCGACUCCGCAGCAAGGUCGCCGUCGCCGAGAUCUCCGCCUUCGCUGCAAGGUCGCCGCCGCCGCCUAGAUCGUCGUCGCCGCCGAGUUCGCUACACCGCGCGGCGCUUCGUCUGCGUUCGGGAGAAGAAGAAAGGGAGAGGAAAGGGAGAGAGAAAGGGGGGGGAGAGAGAGAGAGGGGGAAAGUGAUUUGGGGAAGAACGUGAAAAGGGGUAGGGUUUAGGGUAUUUUUUGGGUUUUUGAAUUAGUGGGCCCGGCGGGCCCCGCAAGCCGGAGUGGGUUUGGCGCGUUUUCUCCUCCACCGAUGGAUGGCGGCUUGGCGACGUGGCCAUCUAUCCUACCCUGUCAGUAUCUCCUAACAAAAUGGCAUGUUAGGAGCAUAACUAGAUUGAUCUUCGCCUUGCUUAAACAGUCAGCGGACAGAAACCUUUUAGAAUUAAUAAUUCAUUUUUUUUUUCAUAGAGAGGAGAAGGAGAAGGAGAAGAGUUGGGUUAAUUCCUGGGGGGGUCCAAGGGCUCAGACUUGUUAAGGUCGGGUUCACCCACGGCGAUUGCGGCGAAGGCGUCGUCCUUGACCUUCUCGGUGAGGUAGUGGGUGAUGAUCUCUUCGUCGGUGGGGUGGAAGCGAAAUCCUUGUGGCAAAUCCAGCAUUUCCUCCUUGUUCACCAUGGUUGCCUCUUCCAUGUGUGUCGUGUCUAUAUAUAGGAAUUCAAAGUACUUGCUCUAUUUGGUGCUGCUUCUACUUGUGCUUCACUUUUCAAUUGAGUGCUUGAUCGAUUCUCAGAUGUGGAGAGGAAGAAAAACGGGAGUGAGGAAGGCGGAGCGGGAUGGAGAAGGGUAGGGAUUUAAUCUUGGUGGGUCGGUAUAGUUUGGUUAGAGGGUUGGGUCGGUUUAGAUGAGCUGGCGGGUUUCAAUGACGUGGCGGGUCGAGCCAGACUAUUUUCGGGUUAAAUAGUGCUGAUUAGACGAUUCCGCCCACCACUUCAUCACUUAACGGACUUCGUUAACAAAGAUGGACGGCAGCUAACGGAGAGUGACCAAACGUAAACGGUUUUUGUAAAGUGAAGUAUCACCAAUGGAUUUAAAUAUUUCGAGUGACCAAAGUUAAACGUUUUUUGGUUUUUUGUAAUUUCAGUGACCAAUCAUGCAAUUAACCCCCAAAAAUAUUGGGAUUGCUAUUCGUCGCCCUAAAAUUCCUUAUUCGUCGCCCUAAUUAAAUUAAAUUAAAUUAAAUUUA